UUUGGGGUACGCGCCUCCUCGUGUCCGUCCUUUAUUCGCAAAAUAAUCGUUUGAGCUGUCCGCCUGGCAUACUUCAGUCGGUCACCACGUGCUUUCGCGUGAAGGCGUCUCUUAAUCGCGGUCGUGGGUCGUGCGUUACAUAUCGUGAUAAUUAGUACGAUUAUCGAUCUUUUCUUUUCUUUCGAAUUUAGGUGUGUCUGUAAGUAUUCGUAGUGCGCGCGAUAGAAACAUGUUCUCGAGGAAAUAUUUCAAAAGGGUCCCGACUUACGUGGUGGAAGGUCACGACGAGGUGCUGCCGUUUAUUUAUCGCUGUCUGGGCUCGAAGCAUCUUCCGUUUGAAGGAAACACGUUCAUACAUUUGGAUUCUCAUCCUGAUAUGCUCAUACCAAAAGCGAUGUCCGCUGAUACCGUUUGGGACAAAAAUCAACUAUUCAGUGAAAUUAGCAUCGAAAAUUGGAUGUUACCCGCGGCCUACGCUGGCCACCUGAGGCACCUGAUCUGGGUCAAACCACCGUGGGCAAAUCAGAUGAACGAUGGCGUGACAACCUUCCUCAUCGGCAAGCAUAAGGAUACCGGCUCAAUAAG